CCCAAUCCCAAAGAAGACGGGCUGUCGUGUGUGAGGAAGUUACUUGGUUCCACUACAGCCAAGAUGAGCGCAUUUAACAGCUUUUUGCUGAAGAUUUCAGGUGAACUUGUUGGUGAUCAAUUGGAGAAAAUGAAGUUCCUUUGUAUUAAAGAAAUAGGGAAAAGUCGCCUCGAGAAGAUGACCAGUGGUUUACAACUUUUCACUGGUUUAAUGGAAAGAAAUAAACUUGGACCUGACAACACGGUAUUUCUAGUUUCGCUUUUGAAAGACAUUGGUCGCCUAGAUCUUGCAGACAACAUUACCAACUAUGAAAGUCAAUAUGCUGGAUCACCGAAUGAUCUUCCUAACGAUGAGGAGCAAGCAAAACUUGACAUUGCAACCAAAGUGAUCACUGACAACCUUGGAAGGAGGUGGCGAGCAUAUGGUCGUAAACUUGGCCUGCCAGAGGUCAAACUGGACCAUAUCGCACAGAAGCAUCCUAAUGACCUGGAGGAGCAAGUGGUGGAGCUUUUGAAGGAAUGGCGGAAAAUGCAGAAAUCUGAGGCCAAAACAGACACUUUGAUUAAGGCCCUUCGCUCCUGUGAUCAGAACUACACUGCUGAUCUGAUACAGACAGAACUUGGAAAAACUUAAAGCCAAUGAGAGACAGUGAAAGUGUGACAAACAACAUUCAUCUCUUCUUUUGUUAUUUACUCAAUGGAUUAUUUAUUCAUUGCUUUCCCAGUGAUGUUGGUACUUUUAUAAGAUUCAGUAAAUCACCACAAUUUGUUUGCAAUAUUAGUAUACCAGUAUUCUCAUGGACCAGUAUAGUUUUAUACAGAGUAGCCCAGUGCACUCUGGGUACAUACAUUCCUGCUACGUACUGUAAGGGAAUUUGGGAGAAACGUGAUUGAACUAUGGAUAUUAUGAAAUUGUAUGGAUAAUGUGCAUUCAAAUUUGAUAUUGAUGUAUCCACUGUUGAGAUUAGUAAAAUUUUGUUGAAAGAA